AUGGGCAGUGCUGAAGACACAGCCUGGCUCCAAUUGCUUCAGAAGGACCUGACCCCUGCAGAACCACAGCCCACAGACAUCUCCUGCACACAAGAUGGGAGUCUGGGGGCUGGGGACCCAGCCAUGAGGGACUGCUGCCCCUCCCAGCAAAAGGCCAGCUCUGCACCCUUCAGGCAUACCCCUGACCAAGGCCCAGGCAUGGACUCUAGACACAGCAGCCCCAGUGGAGCUGGGGAAGGGGCCUCCUGUUCUGAGGGCCCUGGUGGGAGCUUGGCUUGCUCUUCUCCAACCUGCAUCCCUCCCCAAGAGGCAGCCACUAAGGGGACACUGGGGGCACAUGAAGCUUCGAUCUUAGGGACACUAGAAACCACCUUUUCUGGGAAACCAGGGGUUUUGAAAGCAGAUUCUGUGUCCUUAGUGAAAACUGAUCCCACAUGCUCAGAGAACAGAAAUCCUAUGUUCUUAGAAAAGAUGGAUUCCAAGUCUGCAAAGAAGGCAGAUUCUACUUCCACAGCAAAGGAAGAUGCUGAGUCCUUGAGAAAGACAGAUCCUAUGGUUAUAGAACAGGCAGAGCCUGCCAUCCUGGGAAAAGGAGAUCCUGUAUCUUCUGGAAAAACAGAUCCUGGAUCCUUGGGGAAGGAGGAUCACAUGUCCUCUAGCAAAGAGAAUGAAGUAUCCCCAAGGAAGGACGAUCCUGGAUCUUUGAGAAAGGAGGAUCAUGUGUUCUCAGGCAAAGUGGAGCCUGUGUUCACAAGAAAGGAGGAACCCAGCUGCUUAGGUAAAGAGCAUCCUGUAUCCUCAGAAAAGGUGAGUCCUGCAUCCUUGGGAAAGGCAGAUCAUGGGCCCUCAGGAAAGGUGGAUCCCAUGUCCUUGGAAAACAUGGGUUCUGCAUCUGCAGGAAAGACAGAUCCAGGGUCCUUGAGAAAACUGACUCCAGGAUCAUCAGGCAAGACAGAACCUGUAUUGUCUGGAACAGCAGAUCCUGGGGCCUCAAGAAGAGUGGAUCCUACAGGCUUGGGAAUGGCAGAUCCUGCAUCUAGGGGAAAUGCAGAAACUGUGUCCUGCACAAAAGAGGACACCAAGUUCCUGGGAAAGAUGGACCCUGCCCCCUCAGGAAAGGGAGAUCCCACGACUGAGAGAAUGAUAAAAACUGUAUCUGCUGGGCAGGUGGAUCCUGUGUUUUCUGGAAAGAUGGAUUCCAUAUCUUUGAAAAAUGUGGAGCCCAUGUCUUCAGACAAGGUGGGUCCUUUUUCCUUGGGAACUGUGGGUCCUGUGUCCCCAGGAAAGCUAGAACCCUUGUCUUCUGGGCAGGCUGAGCUUGUAUCUGUGGGAGAGACAGAAAAUGCAUCCUCAGAAAAAGAGGCCCCUGUGUUCUCCAGGAAGGUAGAUCCCAUUUCUGUGGGAAAUAUAAAAGCAUCAUCUUCUGGAACAGUGAAUCCUGAAUCUUUGGGGAAGAAAGACCCCUUGUCCUCGGGUCCAGGGGAUCCCAAGUCCUUGGGGACUGGAGGGCUCCCAUCUUCAGUAAAAGCUGAAACAAUGAUUAAGGGGGAAGUGGGUCCACUGUCCUUGGGGAAGGCAGAUCCUGUUGUCUCUAUGAAGGCUGAGUCCCUGGCCUUGGGCAAGGUGGACCCUGUGAUGGCUAGGGGAAAGGCAGAAGCUAGCCCCUCUGGAGAAAUGGACACUCUGUCUUCAGGAAAGAUGGACCCCAUGACUCCAGGACAAACAGUCCUCCUGUCCUUGGGGAGUGUGGAUCCCAUGUCCUCAGGAAAAGCAGAAGCUGCCCCAGUUGAAAAGGAGGAUCCUCCACCUCCAGAGAAGGAAAAUCCUGUAAACUCCAGAAAGGUGGCUCCCAGUGCCUCAGGGAAAGCAGAGCCGAAGUCUGGGGACAAAGCAGAACAGAAGCCCCCAGGGAAAGAGGGCCUCACUUCAUCAGGAAAAGCAGAGGCCGUAUAUUUGCAGAAGGAGAAACCACUGGCAUCGGUGGAUCCUGGCUCCUCGGGAAAAGCUGACCUCAUUUCUUCCAAGAAGGUGGCUCCCGUGGUCCUGGGGAAGGCAUCUUCAGCGUCUCAGUCUUCGAGAGAAGCAGAGCCCCAAGCCUUGGGGAAGGUGGCCCCUCUGACUCUGGAAAAGGCCGAGGCCUCCCCUGUUAGACAGUCAGAUGGCCAACCCCGCGGCACAGCCACUUCUCCCGGGGGUCUCGGGAGCGGCGUGAGUCACGCAGAGCCAGAACCCACGUCCCGCACCGAGGCCUGCAGCCUCAGCCCGAAAGACCUGGUGGCCACCGGGACCACAAAAAGCCCUGGCUCCGAAGCUGCAGCGCACCCGUUAGGGCCGCGGACUCGCGACAACUUCACCAAGGCACCAUCGUGGGAAGCGAGCGCCCUCCCGCCGCCGCGCGAGGACGCGGGCACUCAGGCGGGAGCGCAAGCCUGUGUUUCGGUGGCUGUGAGCCCUAUGUCUCCGCAGGACGGUGCAGGCGGCCCGGCCUUCAGCUUCCAGGCGGCUCCUCGCGCACCUAGCCCCGCGCCCAGGCCACCCUCGCGCCGGGACGCGGGCCUGCAGGUAUCUCUGGGAGCAGCCGAGACACGCUCGGUGGCCACCGGGCCCAUGACGCCUCAGGCUGCCGCACCGCCAGCCUUCCCUGAAGUGCGGGUGCGCCCGGGUUCGGCGCUGGCGGCCGCCGCGGCGCCCCCGGAGGCGGCCGAACCUGUGCGUGAUGUAAGCUGGGACGAAAAAGGCAUGACAUGGGAGGUGUACGGCGCCUCGAUGGAGGUGGAGGUGUUGGGCAUGGCCAUCCAGAAGCACUUGGAGCGGCAGAUAGAGGAGCACGGCCGCCAAGGGGCGCAGGCGCCGCCAACCACCGCCCGCCCGGACCCUGGCCGCUCGGGCUCAGUGCGCGCCGCGCCCUCUGAGAGCGCAGCCAAGCGCCCACCCGGCCUCUUCCGUGCGCUGCUGCAGAGUGUUCGGCGGCCGCGGUGCUGCUCGCGGGCCGGACCCACGGCCGAGUGA